AUGUCGAUCUUUAAGCUAAAGCUUACUAAAGCUUACUUUAUCGACAAUCUUAAUAAAGGUUUUAUCGAACUUUUAAUAGCGCUAUUUGCAGCUCCAGUCUUGUUUGCUAAAAAGCAAGACGGUUCCUUCCGCUUUUAUAUUGACUUCCGCGCGCUAAAUAACCUCACUCGUAAAGAUCGAUACCCUUUUCUUUUAAUCGAUAAGACCUUCGCACGUCUUUCAAAAGCUAAAAUCUUUACGAAACUCGACAUUCGGCAAGCUUUUUAUAAAAUACGGAUGGACCUAGCUUCAAAAGAGCUCAUAACAUUCAAGACACGCUACGAUGCUUACAAGUGCAAACGCACCCAACGCUUGCAAACGCUGCUUCGCGCCGAUAACGUUGACCUACGACUCUUAACCGAAGAGCUACGCCAACUUACGCCCUCGGAAACCGCCGUCACUAUCGAAAAGAUCGCGGAGCUCUUACUUACAUUCCGAGUUAUUAACCAAGUCUUAAAAGCCAAUCGGACCGCUCUUAGUUUUAUAGCACUUCGAAUUCAAGCUUUUAAAGCUAAGUCCUUACUCGUAAACCACGGUUCACGAGCCAAACUCAUUAUAAAAGGCGACCUGCUGCUUUAUAACGGCCGCUUAUUAGUUCUCGACGUCCAAAACUUGCGCUCGUUACUCGUCCGAAAAGUCUACGACCAAGUAUUUACAGCACACCCUAGCUCUCGCAAAACCUACAAGCUCCUUGCAGCAUAG